AUGAUUCUUGGUCGACAGAUUUUUAGAACUAGUCAAAGAAAACUGUUAAAUAGAACAACUGAUCAGUCACCGGCAGGUUCAUUUUGGAAUUCUCGCGUUGUGACACCUUCUAGCUCAACACCAUUUGAUUCGCCGUUCUUUGGUGCCACCCAUGGCUUAGUGCAGACUCAUCCAUCACUAAGUGCCAGUGCUAGCAAGCCACGACCUGUGCCACUAAACAGUAAUAGUCUUGGUAGUGGUGCAAGUAAUGCUGCUCUGACAGCUGGCAGCGGAUACCUAAAUUCACGUGGCAGUUUUCCUAGCUCAGCGCGCUAUCCCACCACAGUCGUCAAUGCUAAUCCAAAGUCACCAUUUCGCCAUUUAGAUUUUUCAACUAGUGCUACAGCAGAGCUCAGGCGCAACCCAUCUCUUUCUGCACCCGACGAAUGCGCACGUGCCUGCAGAGAGGGUGAACCACCCAGAAUUUGUUAUUAUCACUUCACAUUGGAAUACUACACUGUUUUGGGAGCAGCUUGUCAGGUAUGCACACCGAAUGCCACGAAUACCGUCUGGAGUCAUUGCCAAUGCGUGUUGGCGGAUGGUGUCGAACGUGGCAUAUUAACAAUCAAUCGCAUGAUACCGGGCCCCAGCAUACAAGUGUGCGAAAAUGACAAGGUUGUCAUCGAUGUUGAAAACCACAUGGAGGGCAUGGAAGUCACUAUACAUUGGCAUGGAAUUUGGCAACGUGGUUCACAGUAUUAUGACGGCGUGCCAUUCGUAACACAAUGCCCCAUACAACAAGGCAACACUUUCAGAUAUCAAUGGACUGGAAAUGCCGGUACACAUUUCUAUCAUUCCCACACUGGUCUGCAGAAACUGGAUGGUAUUUAUGGUAGCAUUGUAGUGCGGCAGCCACCUUCACGUGAUCCAAAUUCUCAUUUGUACGACUUUGAUUUAACCACGCAUAUAAUGUUGAUCAGUGAUUGGUUGCAUGAAGAUGCAGCAGAACGUUAUCCAGGUCGUUUGGCUGUUAAUACCGGACAGGAUCCUGAAUCUUGUCUUAUCAACGGUAAGGGUCAGUUCCGUGAUCCAAAUACUGGUUUCAUGACGAAUACACCACUGGAAAUUUUCACAAUUACACCUGGCCGUCGUUAUCGUUUCCGUAUGAUCAACGCCUUCGCUUCAGUGUGUCCGGCUCAAGUAACAAUUGAGGGUCACACAAUGACUGUUAUUGCUACAGAUGGUGAACCAGUGCAGCCCGUAAAUGUAAACACGAUUAUUUCAUUCUCUGUGUUUCUUUGUUGGCUUGCAUUUUUGCAUUGA